UAAAAGAUCUUUAAAAUAACAAGAGUAAACAUUACAACUCCAUAAAAGAAGCAAAAUUGAAAAUAAAAUAAAAAAAAAAAUCCAAAAGAUCAAUAAAGCUUUGUAUAAAGCCUGAAAUAUUAUAGUUUUCCUUCCAAAAUCAAAGAAUCAUGUCUUGUGAGGCUUCCAAACAGAUCUUUAUCCUCUCAGGCCAAAGCAACAUGGCUGGUAGAGGUGGAGUUAUUAAAUACACUGACACCCAUCACCACCAACACAAGAAAUGGAACGGCGUCGUUCCAUCAGAAUGUCAACCACACCCUUCAAUCUUCCGCCUCGACGCGCACCUUCAUUGGGAGCAAGCGCGUGAUCCUCUACACGUUGAUAUUGACGCACAUAAGGUUUGUGGGGUGGGACCCGGUAUGCCCUUUGCUAACGUGGUUAAAGAGCGCGUGGGUGGAUCUCUUGGCCUCGUUCCUUGUGCCGUGGGCGGAACCGCGAUAACUAAGUGGGCGCGUGGGGAACACUUGUAUGAUGAUAUGGUGAAAAGAGCUAAAGCUGCGGUGGAGAAUGGUGGGGGUGAGAUUAAAGCGUUGUUGUGGUAUCAAGGAGAGAGUGACACGUUGACGGAGCGUGAAGCUGACGCGUAUAAAGGGAGUAUGGAGAAGUUUGUUUGUGAUGUUAGGGAGGAUCUUGACUUGCCUUUGCUUCCAAUUAUUCAGGUGGCACUUGCAUCCGGAGACGAAAAAUACAUAGAAAAAGUGAGAGAAGUACAGCUUGGGAUGAAACUCCCACAUGUGGUAUGUGUGGAUGCCAAAGGGUUGAAGCUUAAUGAUGAUAACCUUCAUUUAUCUACUGAGGCUCAAAUUCAAUUAGGCCAGUUAUUGGCUGAUGCGUACCUUUGCCAUUUUCAUCCUGCCUCCUCCUAAGCUACAUUUGCUUGGAAGUGUAUCUUUCUGUAUUCAGUGAAACAAAUAAUAUGUACCACUUUUUUGUUACUGUGUGUUGUCUCGUCUGAAAUUUUCGUUUAGGUAGACCUUGGGAGUCUGAUUGUUGCACAAGGAAUCAAGGAUGACAUAUUAAUACAGAUCAUGAUAGAGUUAAUGAUCCCAA